CAACACAGAGCAGAAGCCAUAAUCCUUAUACAGAGGGCAGCGAGGAUCCUUAUUGAUCCUAACCCUUACUGGUCUGUACGGUGUCAGUAAUUAUCAAGCUCAGGUGGAGUUCCUUUGCCUGCCAUUGCCAAGGACCCUGAACAGAUUUAAACAAGGAUCUGAAGCCAUGGCGGUCACAAAUUUCCACUACAUCACCCGGAUGAGCAGUGGCUUCAAAGUUUACAUACUGGAGGGUCAGCCACACCUGAGGAGUGAGGAUCGCUUUCGUCACAUAACCAGUGACAGAAUUAGAGUGACUGCUGCUCACCCAUUCAAACAUAAUCAUAGUUCAGAACAAGGACGGACACUUGAGGAGAGAAGAGAGAGGGCCCUCAGCAAGAGCCUGGUCACUGCUGACCGGACAUCACGUUUCAGCGUGCCUGAGAGUCCUACAUCCACAUGGAGCCCCACUGCAAGUCCGACACACCUCAUCUCCAGUGCAGUUAUGGAUGAGCCACUUGCCCUUAUUAAGAAAAUACACCAGAAGACAGAAGAGACAGAAGAUAAAAACAAAAAAACUGCAGUCCAACACAUACAGGUUCGUCCCUCAGUGAUCACAUGUGUCUCAUCAACAAGGUCAGCCAGUGUGCCUGUAGACUGUUGCAAGCACUCCACAGUUAUAAUGGAGCACAGUUAUGAUAAUGUUGAGGAACAUUUCCAGAGGAGUCUUGGGGUGAACUAUCAAAAAGGUUCCUCUAAGCAAAUCUCCAUCAGCGUAUCUGUGGAUGACCAUUUUGCUAAAGCCCUUGGAGAAAAGUGGCUACAGCUUAAAGCAUCCUCUUCUGCUUGCAAAUCAUAUUCCUUACAGUCAACAUCAUCUUCAUGUGUACCCAGUAAUCCUACCUCUAUCCACUCGCCUGGUUAUGGACGGAGCCCUAAGCGAGCUCGCAAAGAUUCUGUGAGCCCACCUACAGCCCCUACCAGCAUGUGGUCAGGAAAAUAAAACUGGAGAGAAAAAGGUUUUCCAAAUGCAUAAUGGACUUGUGAGGCUUUUGCAUAAACCACAAUAUCACUGCAGCUGGAAAAACUAAAACGCAUGCAGUUAAAUAACAAAGUGAUGGGAUACUGACACAGAAUUAAACAACACAAUUAAAGAUUCAGGUCUCUAUAUGUGAUUUUCUUUGGAGAAUCUGAUCACUAUAUGUUAUUACAUUAUGUCUGGAAAUACAUGAUAUCGGUGUAUUUGUUUGUUUAUAAUCCAUUUUUUUCAAUUGUUUUUGUAGUCCUUGAUUGCACUGAUAAUAAAUAAUACUAUUAAAUUUAA